UGCGAAUUGUUCUGUCUCCAUUCCGUUCCACGAUUUGAGGUAGAAAGGGAAGAGGGGAUUGAGUUCUGCGACGACAGUCCGUGUCAGCUGAUAUCUGGUUUCAUUCAAUAAAGGAGAACAGUAAAUUCGGUCAGCUGUUUUGUGUUUUGGUUCUUGAAAGCGCACUAAAUAUGUCGGAAUCGAGCGAGCCAGCUACUUCUAGCAGCGAGACGACAUCUUCAACGGAAGCUGUCGUUGAUAAAACCGAUGAUUUUGUCGAACCUGAUUGUAAAAGGCGAAAGUUGAAUCACAAAAAUGAAAAAAAAUUCGAAUUGGAAGAUAGGCUCGGAGGAAUAUUGUGUUGUGCUGUCUGCUUAGAUCUUCCUAAGACUGCUGUUUAUCAGUGUACCAAUGGCCACUUGAUGUGCGCUGGUUGCUUCACUCAUGUGUUGGCUGAUGCUCGACUCAGAGAUGAGCUGGCCACUUGUCCCAGCUGCAGGGUGGAGAUCAGCAAGACCUCCGCGACCAGAAAUCUGGCAGUGGAGAACGCUAUCUCAGAGCUCCCUUCUGAAUGCCAAUUUUGCAACCAGCGAUUCCCUAGAAAUUCCCUUGAAAGACACGAGGAGCAGGAGUGCGACGAAAGAAUUUCAGGUUGUAAAUUCAGCAGGAUCGGUUGCCCUUGGAGGGGUCCAUUGCACGAGAGGUCUGAACAUGAGAAUGAAUGUGCGCAUCCUCACCGUUCUGGGGCUGACGUGAUGGAAUCCUUGAGAACAAUUGAUCAAGAAAUAGCGGACGAAAGGAAAAUAUACGAUAGCAUAUUCGAGUUGCUCGGUUUCGAAAAAAUACUAUUUAAUGAUAUUCAAUUGAAACCCUACAGAACAGAAGAAUUCGUACACCGUUUGUUUUACGAAUCUUCCCGUUUCUCUGCCUUCAACAACCAGUGGGUGGUUAAAGCCAGGAUCAAUAACAGCCAGAAAGACCCGACACAAAGCUCAGAGAGAGGUCUCACUUACCAGUUGAUCCUGAAAUCAAAAACGACUACACCUAUGAAUCUAAGCUAUAUAGUUCUUCGUGGACCUGUGGGUGAUAUCAAAGUGAAACCUACUAUACAUCAAUUUGAGUUUUCAGAGCAAGAUAACGAAUCGCCGUAUUUACCACUUCGAUUGCCAGACAGCAAUGAAUGCAAUCGUCUACUCGCUGCUAAAGUUAUUAAUUUUAGGCUGAUAAUGUUCCUGGCCUCCAAGUAGUUUUCCUUCGCUAGGAAAAUCUCACCAAAUCGAGAAUGUAUUCUUUACAUUUGCUAUAUUGACAAGAUCUCUUAAAAGUAAGUUUUGUUUGAUUUUACCAGAGUCUUCGGUUUUUCUAGGAUUCAAUUUAUUUUAUAUUUGAUCAGAUUAUAUUUAUAUGGAUGA